AUGUACAACCCAAACUACCCUUACGGUUAUUCCUACCCUCCUCCUCUUCCACCCAUUCGUGAACCGACUACUACGGCAGGUUCUAGCGACGAGGACCCAGCCAAUACAAGUACUGAUACCUCCUCGACUAGUAUGGCAGCCACCAAUUAUACCUAUCCUUCACACCCAUACCAAAGUAGUCCCACUUACGCUCUUCCUCUGACGUCUUAUCCUUUAUCAUACCCCGUCUAUGCUCAGCCAGACUCAAUUGUCAACACCAAUAAUCCUUCGCAUCAAUUCAGCUCGAGGGCUUAUCAAUCAUCAGCACCUUACUCGAGUGCCUAUCAAUCGGGCUAUCCUGAUCACUUGUCCGCUUCGACGCCUUACCAAAGCACACCUGCUUACCAGACAAACCAAUAUCAGAUUCAUUCAGCUUACCCCGCUCCAGUGCAAAGCAACUCAGCGGGACCAUCAGCUUAUUUUGGAUAUGGAGUUAUGCCCAAUCCCCAGCAGCAAAAUUCUGUACCUGGAACAUCUUAUCCUUCUGCUCAGAUGAAUCGUUCAGGCGGAUCAGACGUAAUGCUUCGUCCUGAUGGAACUGUAGUUUGGCCUAAUCCAUUAUGGGGAAUCUUACCACCCAGUACACAUAUGCAAUUCCAUCAUGAAUGCGCUAAAUGUAAUACCAGAAGAGAGAAAUAUGACGGUUGGAAAUGGUGUGAAAGCUGUAAAGAAACGACCAAUACAGUGGACUGUAAUGGACCAUAA